GCCCGUCCAAUCAGGAGUUUCGUUACAGGCGCAUUGCGGCUCUCUGGAUGUAAGGAGGAAUGGCGACGGUCGAAGCGUUUUUUGGAGGUCUGAGAGGCUGAAUUCAACCAAACGGCGGCGGAUUCUCGCAAGUUUCAGGUGGGGUUCAGGUCUGGACGCCUGACAUGAUGAUGGACGCUGAAGGAGGAGCACAGAGCUCCUGCAUCACCUCCUCUGGGACUCCAUCCACAAACACCAAAGUCAGUCUGGCAGCGAAGCAGCGGGACUCCAGGAAAUCAGCCUCCAGCACCCCACCCUUCCUCUCCAACCUGGGGAAGGCCACCCUCCGGGGCAUCCGCCGGUGCCCCCAGUGCGGCGUCUUCAAUGGCACCCGGGGGAUCAGCUGCAAGAACAAGGCCUGCGGCGUGGCCCUCCGGAGCGCCCCGGCGGCGGCGGCCAAGAGCAGCAGGAAGAGUGUGGUGGAGGUGGUGAGGCUGAUCACGGACACCGAGGAGAAAGGGGGCAAGGGUCAGGAGGAAGGUGGAGUCCUGGGGGGGGCCUCGGGCGGAGCGGCAGAGGUGUUUUCUGUGUGUCACAGAGGAAGAGGAGGCGUGGCCACACAGUGGGGCUUUGUGGAGCUGGCGCCCACGGCUACGGCCAUCGCCACGGGGGACGGGUCCACGCUGCUCACCCGCAUCAACCUGGGCCGCUGCUUUCUGCCCUCCUGCAGGCAGGGUCAGAGGUCGGGCCAGCGCGAGGCGGCGGCGGCCAAGCCGUCGUCCGACAGCCUCUGCGUCCACAUGCGGCAGGCCAUCGAGUGCCAGAGCAGAGCCUCGCCGCUCACCGUGAAGAGCUCCGUCCUGGAAAGCUUGCAGGUGUCGGAGGAGCUGCGGGGGGAGCUGUGGAGGCUCGCCAUCGACUCCCCAGGGCCCCUGGUGCAGCAGGUCUCCAAAGGCACGCUGGUGGUGAAGUGCCAAACGGACUCCCAUCAUCCCCUGGGGCUGCUGCACUUCAGCGUCGGCCCGCCGUGCCCGCCGGAGACCUCCAAAGGCGACAGGAGCGUCUUUCACUGUGCGUGUCAGGUCAGCACCAGGAGGAGCAGACCAGGAGCAGACGGAGCGGGGAGAGGGCCCGGCUGUCAGGCCCCCGCCAGCUUCACCCCCCCACAGCCGUGCCUGCACUACUACGCCUGUGUGUGCGCCCUCGCCAGCAGCGAGAAGCUGGACUCCCAGUUUGCCGCCUUCCUCAGCUCCUCCUCCUGUGGUGUUCCUCCUCCAUCCUCCAUCCCUGUAAACCCGGACGAGAAAGCUGUGCCGCAGCCGGACAGCCGCCCCCCCCUCCCUAAAGCCAUGAGGAUCUGUGGGGACAAGUCGUCCUCCGGCAGAGCUCCACCUGCAGCGUGGAAGGAGGGGGCGUCGGCCUCCGGGCCGAGGAAGGCCGCUGGGAGGAAAGCCGUCGGCGUCAAGGCUGCAGGGAGCCCUCAGGCUGUGGAUGAGCGCACGCUGACCAUGAGCUUCCAGCAGUGGCUGGCCGGCGUGACGGAGCGGAUCCACCAGACCAUGCACUACCAGUUUGACGGAAAAGCGGAGCCUUUGGUUUAUCACAUCCCUCAGGAGUUCUUCAACGCUCUGCAGCAGCGACUGUCGCUGGGAUCCAAGAAACGGAGGCUGCCAAACUUCACAACAGCCGUUGUGAGAACCGAUGGUGCUCCUGUGGGCUCCUUCUCCAAAUACACGUGGCACAUCACAAAUCUGCUGCAGGUCAAGCGCAUCUUUGACACUCCAGAGCUGCCGUUGGAGACCACUCAGAGUUUCGUUAAGAACGCCGACGGCUCAUUCUCGCCUUUUCGAUGCCCCUACACGCAGCCCAAGCAGGAGUCGGCCCACACAUACAGAGCAGACGGGCCUCAGCCCAUCCGGCCGGUGGAGCUGCGCACCUUCCUCAGAGUGGGGCCGGCCGAGCAGAAAGAGGCCCGUCCGUUUGUGAUCGAGUGGAUCCCGGACGUCCUGCCACGCUGCCAGAUGGGGGAGCUGAGGAUCCAAUUCGAGUUCGGCCACCAGCAGAGCGGCCAGCCGGAUCACAGCGACAGAAAGGCGACGGCGGAGAAGGGAGGCGGCAGGCCUGACUGCAGCCAAGCUAACGGCUAAAAGGCCGUUGAGAUCCCGCAGGUAGUCCUGACACAAGGUCCUUUUAGAUUUACGAGAAGAGUUUUUCUCCUUCUGGCCUCGCAUUUAUUCCUGGAUUCUACGACAUCAACACUAAACAUAAACUUAUAGGUCAAACGAGACGUGAGACUAAACUGAAAUGUUCCCAAAGACACCGAUAGAAGCAUAGACAUUUUUUUUGGGUGGUUGUGUCUCUCCGGGUUGAAGCAGUUCUAACUUACUUCAAUGCAAAAGACAAAGCAAGCUUUCUUUGUGGAGCACUUUUCCCACGAAUGUAGCUCAAAAUGCUUCACAUAUAAACAUUUUCCAGUUUUAGAAGCCAAACGAAAAAAAAAAAGUAAAUGAUAAAACACAUGCAAUACUACAGGCUUUUCCCAACCAUUUGAACAAAGAAAUACUCAGAAAUUGUUUUCCCUCACCAAAAAAAUGCCCCCAGAACAUGUUAGAAAAACCAAAAACACAGUUUUCUUUAGUCAAACAAAAACCAAACAUUUAUAGUUUGGUCCCAAAAGUAAUGGAUUCAAUAAUUGAGAGCCUCAUUCUCCUCUUUCAUGCUUUGAAUUUCCAUCAGACGGGCUGUUUUAAAAAAAAAAAAAAAAAGCUACGUUCGCUCCGAAUGUGAAUCACGUUCCGGGGACUUUAAGUCUGGAUGUACAGGCCCCAUGACGGUCCUGUGGCGCCAUGACGGUCUUGCGGCGCCAUGACGGUCAUGCGGCGCGUGGCAUCGCACCAACGGGUUCCGCAACGGGGAGCACAACAAAUCCUGACACGUGUCGCAAUUUCCCGCCACUCGGCACGUUUUUUUCCAGAGUUUAAAUAUUUGAAUUGAUGCAAAUAAUUGUGCAAAUAACCAAUGGAGAGCUCAGCUUUGGGAGCGUGUAUGAAGUGUUCAGUUGGCGGAGUCCAAAACCAACACAGAUUGUUGAGGUUUGUUCUCCGUCCAAACUUUUCUGAUGUGUAUCGAGACAAUAAUAAAAAGGUCCUCUGAUUUUAUUCCUAUUUCACUUUUUCCCUCCUCAGUAUCAUCAUUUUUUUAAAUUUAGCGAUAAUUUCCUGAACUUUAUUUAUGAUCUUUUUACUUUUAGUCUGUUCAAUAGAAAUAAAAGCCAUUUCUACAAUGUAAGAGAAAUAGAUGUUUGUCGCUGGUGAUGCUCCUGUUCUGAGGAUCAGCUGCUUCUCCAUUCCGGUCCACUCUUCUCCUGACCCGGAUCUCUGAUUCCACCCAGUUCUGUCUGCCGUCGACGUCCUUCAGUACGAUGGUUCCCAGCUUCCUGUGUCGCCUCCACCUUUAACAAUAAACGUUACACUUCUGUGGCUUUCA